UAAAGGCCUAAACCUUUCCAAAUGUUGUAUAUAUGACCAAAUACAAUACCACUCCACUCAAAGCCCUCUAGUGUGUGUUCAAACUUCAAACAUAUCAAAGUUUUUCAAACCAAUUCAAUUCAAUUCAGCAUGGAUUCUUCAUUCCAUCAAAACCCAUAUCCUGAAUUUUCCUCUUCUUCUUCAUUCAACUCAUCAGAAUCUUUGUCAUGGAAUAAUUACAUGCACAAUUUUGAAAAUCAGUACCUUCCUUUCAAUGAAAAUGACACCCAAGAAAUGCUUCUUUAUGGUGUCUUAGCUGAAGCCACUAAAGACUCAUCCGAAACCGCAUCUUCAGUUCAUGUCAAAGAUCAUGAGGAGGUGAAUUCAAGAGCCAAUGAAGGGGGGGAGCCCAUGGAGGAAGAGAUUUCCUAUAGAGGGGUUCGAAGGCGGCCUUGGGGAAAAUAUGCGGCGGAGAUAAGGGAUUCUACAAGGAAUGGUGUUAGAGUUUGGAUAGGAACUUUUGACACUGCUGAGGCUGCAGCUUUGGCUUAUGAUCAAGCUGCAUUUGCAAUGAGGGGAUCAAUGGCUGUUCUCAAUUUCCCUGAAGAGAUCGUCAAAGAGUCACUCAAAAAGAUGAAUUAUGGCCAUGAGGAGGGUUGCUCACCAGUUUUGGAAUUAAAAAAGAGGCACUCUUUGAAGAAGAAAUCAAAGAGCAAGAAGAAGAAAGAAGAAGAGAUCAACUCAGGGUUGGAAAAUAUGGUGGUGUUUGAGGAUUUAGGGGCAGACUAUUUGGAAGAGCUUUUGAGUAUUUCUGAAAGUGCUAGCCUUGGUGAAUGAAUCAUGGUCAUCAUGACUUAUGGCCAGCACCAAAAUUAGUAUCUCUGUUAAUUUUUCAGAUAGAAAUUGACCACUUUCUUGGAUAUCUUUAAUUGUUUGAAUCUUUCUGUAAAAUUUUUCUGGUAAUGGAGGAUUCAACUUUCAAUUUA